AUGUAUGAUCCAAUAUUUGCUAAAAGCUUUAGUAAAUAUGAGCAAAAGAGAUUUGGAUGCUGGGCAAUUCUGAUAUGCAUGAUUAUGGUGGUGACCAUUUGCAUGGAAUUCAAGCCUAAUUUUCAUCCUUUAUCAUUGAUUGGGAAUGCACUGAACUUGCAAUUGUCAAUAAAUGGAGCUCAAGACAUGAUAGUAACCAAGGUCGACAAGGGCAUUUCCUCUCCAUCAUCAGAAAGAAAAUCAGAGAUGGUGAAGGCAACUAAUAACACGUCCGAAGCAGUACUCGACGAGACUCAUGAUGUUCUAUCUCCAUCAGCAACCGAAGAAGCAAAGGAAGUAGAGCCCAUUCAUAACGUGACAAUUAAAGACAAGAGCAUCCAUCCUCCAAUAUUAGAGACUGAAGCAAAGGAGGUGGAGCCUCCACCUAAGGAGUCAAUAACAAAGGACCACGGCAUCCCCUCUCAUUUAGAACACCAACAUAAUGAAGCACAACCGACAUGCAAUUUCUUGGGACCAUUAUCAGAUUAUUGCGAGAUGGAAGGAGACAUAAGAAUCGAACCCAAAUCCAACACCAUUUUCUUUGUUGCGCCAAAGAAUCAUGUCAAGAAAAUUGAUGGAAAUCAUAACAAUUCUUGGACCAUUCAACCUUAUGCAAGAAAAGGCAAUUUAGAUGCAAUGGUCAGUGUCAAGAAAUGGACAAUAAGAUUAGCAGGACAUGAUUACGGCGGAAAAAUCCCGAAUUGCAACCAAAUUCAUACCACCCCAGCAAUCCUGUUCUCAACAGGUGGUUUCUCAGGGAAUCCAUUCCAUGAUUUUGCUGAUUUGUUGGUUCCAGUUUUCGCAACUUCCCGCGAAUUCAAUGGACAGGUUCAGUUUCUGGUUACUGACUAUGAAAAUUGGUGGAUUUCCAAGUAUAAGAUGUUCUUCUCAGGACUGUCAAGGCAUCCAAUAAUCCCUAUAGAUGAAGAAAAGGAAAUGAUCCAUUGCUACCCCAGAAUUGUUUUAGGCCUGAAAUCCCACAAGGAAUUCGACAUUGAUUCGUCGAAAUCACCAAAUGGAUUGUCAAUGAACCAUUUCAGGGAGUUCCUGAGGAACACAUAUUCCCUGGAGAGAACUAAAGCCAUCAGGUUGAAGAAAGGCGAUGGCCAAAAGCCUCGAUUGAUGCUGAUAUCGCGAAUGAAAACUCGAUUAAUCACGAAUGUAGAUGCAAUCGCUCGAAUGGUACGGAAAUCAGGGUACGAAGUUGUCGUCGCGGAGGCCAGGAUCUCCACCAACCUGACAGCAUUUGCUCAAUUGGUCAAUUCUUGUGAUGUGCUGAUGGGAGUUCAUGGAGCUGGAUUGACUAACAUGGUUUUCCUCCCUGAUAAUGCAGUUUUGAUUCAGAUCAUUCCCUUUGGAGGGAUUGAUGGGUAUGCUAGAAAUGAUUUUGGGAAGCCUUCAACUGAUAUGAACAUUAAUUAUCUGGAGUACAAGAUUAAGGUGACAGAGAGCUCAUUAAUCCAGCAGUAUCCUCCUGAUCACGAUGUUUUUCGAGAUCCGAUUUCGAUCCAUAAACAGGGUUGGGGUGCAAUUAGAUCCAUAUAUUUGGAUAAACAGGAUGUGAGGAUUGAUUUGCGUAGGUUUAGAUCAACAUUAGCCAAAGCUAUUAAGGACAGAAUGACAAACAAGAGCACAUUAUUAGCUCGGACUUUUAGUCGGCGCGAACACAGAAGAUUAGGAUGGUGGGCGUUUGUGAUUUUCUUGAUCAUUGGAGCAGCCAGCAUUCUGGAUAUAAUAGUCAAGCCUCAUGUUUCCAGUCCUGUGGCAGUUUCAAAUUUGCGGUUGUCAAUGCGAGCUGAACUCAAGAUGCAUUUUAGAACAAAGGAAAAAACUGAACCCAGACAACCAUAUUACAAGACAAGAGAAGCGAUAUCAACCUGCGAUUUUACAAAAGCAAGAUCAGAUAUUUGUGAGAUGACUGGGGACAUUAGAGUUCAUGGCAACUCUUCCACUGUAUUCUUCAUUGGUUCAUUUCACAAUGAGAUGCUAAACGGUUCACAGAAUUCCUGGUACUUAAAGCCCUAUGCCCGGAAAACAGAUCGCGCUGCGAUGGAGAGUGUAAGAUUGAUAACAAUCAAAACAGGACAAGCUUCAGAGGGAAAAAUUCCUUUUGAAUGCAGUAGGAAUUACAGCAUCCCUGGAAUUGUUUUCUCAACAGGAGGAUAUGCUGGAAACCAAUUCCAUGACUUUGCUGAUGUCUUGAUUCCAUUGUACCUGACAUCUAUUCAGUUCAAUGGUGAAGUACAACUUCUUCUAACAGAUAAACGUUCUUGGUGGAAUGACAAGCACCAAAAAUUGCUUCAAACGCUUUCCAACUACGAGCUGAUCGAUAUGGAUAGCACAAGUGAAGUCCUAUGUUUCUCAAAAAUCAUCAUUGGGCUUAACGCCACUGACAAACAGCUCGGCGUUGAUCCUUCACAAUCAUCACAUUCCAUGAAAAGUUUCAGAAAGCUCGUAAGAAGCGCAUACUCUCUGAAGCGAGAAUCUGCCAUCAACGCGACAAAUGGUUGUCGCAAGACAGGCAAGAAACCAAAGCUGCUUUUGAUUUCAAGAAACAAAACAAGAAGAUUGAUAAAUGCAGAAGAAAUCUCAGCCACAGCCAAAAGUUUAGGUUUCGAUGUCGUUGUUCAGGAAACAGGAUCAAGCGAAACAGAGGUUUCCAAGUUUGUUAACUCUUUCGAUGUUCUUGUGGGAGUACACGGGGCUGGCCUAACAAAUAUGGUUUAUCUUCCCGACAAUGCAUUAGUGAUCCAAAUCGUACUUUUGGGAGAAAUGGAGUGGAUGGCAAAGACAUUUUACGAAGAUCCUGCAAGAGAUAUGAACCUAAAUUAUUUGGAAUAUAAGAUCAGCCCAAAUGAAAGCUCAUUAAUACAGCAGUAUCCAAAUGAUCAUGAAGUCUUUAGGGAUCCCGGUUCAAUAAAAAAGAGAGGAUGGCUUCAUUUUAAGUCAAUUUUCAUGGAUAAACAAGAUAUAAAGCUUGAUCUAAAUAGGCUGCUGAAAGUUUGGAGGAAUCAACAAGUUAAACAGAGACUUCUGUUUGCUUUGGUGAAUGCUGUUGUUUACAGUAUAUGGAAUGAAAAGAACAACAGGAAAUUGAAGCAGCAAGAAAAGAACCCUGAAACUAGAUACAAAGAAAUCCAGGCGGUUUUGACUACCAGACUGCAUUACUUUAGUCAGAAUAGCAAGAAAUUGAAUGUUAGUUUUUAUAGAAAACUUGGAAGAGAUUUGUAA